AUGAGCACCCAGUCUGCACACCAACUACAGAACCUGGCAGUUCAGACCUUGCUGAGGGACAAAGCCUUGCCCAUUGAGGCCCUGGAAUAUUUGCCAGGAGAGCUGUUCCCACCACUGUUCAUGGAGGCCUUCACCAGGAGUGAUGCAGAGGUCCUAACCAUGGUGCUCUCCUGGACCUUCCCCUAUCUGCCCAUGGGAGCACUCAUGAGCAUGAGGAAAGCAGAGGCCUUGGACAUUCAGGUGGAAGCUGGCCAGAUGCAGGAAAGGAUGUUCCACACUGUGUUGGAUGGGCUUGAUGUGCUACUGAGCCAGAAGGUUCGCUCCAGGAGGUUGAAACUGAAAGUGUUAGAUAUUUGGGUUGCGCACCAGAACUUCUGGAGAGUCUGGGCCGAAAAUGAGUUGGAAGUCUGCUCUGAAAAAGCCCUGAAGAAGAGAAAAACAGAGACGCCUUUUUCAAGGGGAGCAAAAAAGCAGCCUGUCAAGGUGGUUUUAGAUCUGUGGCUUUCUCAGGAAGUUCUGUGCCCAGAGGAAAGCUACCUUCUCAAGUGCGCCCGGAAAAGGGAAGAUGUGGUGCAGCUAGAGUGUAAGAAUCUGUGUAUAACAAUCACAUGCUAUCCCACGGCCACGGAGUACCUGGAAAUGCUGAGCCUUGAUUCUGUGCAGGAGCUGGAUCUCUCAGACUCUGACUGGAUCCAGCUUCCUCAUGCUGAGCCGAUCAGACAGCUAACACUUCUGCAUCUGCAUUGCAUCAGGCUGACGGCUUUUAACAGUGAGCCCCUCCAAAGUCUACUGAAGAACAUUGCAGCCGCCCUGACCACCCUGCACUUAGAAAACUGUGGCAUCACAGAUGCACAUGUCUGUGCCAUUCUGCCAUUCCUGAGCUGCUGCUACCAGCUCACUACCUUCUGCUUCACGAGGAAUUUCAUGUCCAUAGACACCAUGAGGAAGCGGCUGGCCCACACCGCCAGGAUGAUCAACUUAACCCGGGAGCUGUACUCGGCUCCCUCACAGCUUUUUGUUUCUAGACAUGGAGUCCGCCAGCAGCUACAGAACCGCCUGUGUGAAGAACUUAGGAGCAUGGUGAAGCCCCUAAACCAUCCCAGGACUGUCUGCUUCAGUACUGUUCACUGUGAACUCUGUUGCCACCGGCCAAUCUAUAACAUGCACCUGACGCCAUAUCAGGGAUGCAUUCCCAUCUAG